AAAAAAAAACGAAACACCCAAAUCAAAAAGCAAUUGUUCAUGCUUCUUGGUUCCUUUCGGAGACAAAUUAAAACAACUUUCCAACCAUCAACUUAACCAGUUCUUUGCAUAUUUUUCUCUGUAAAAACUCUCAUCCCAAGCCACCUCUUACAAACACCUCUCUCUAGCUAGCUCCCUCUCUUUCCCCUAACUUGCAGUGUGUAAAUUUAAAUUAUUUGCAUCAUUUCAUGGGUACUAAACAAGUUUGUUGGGCCAUCAUUGUAGUAUGGCUUACAUUGUUUGAAGGAAAUACAAUGCUUGUUAAGGGUGAUUUUAAUUACAAGGAGGCUCUGACCAAGUCCCUUAUCUUCCUAGAGGCACAACGUUCAGGGAAGCUCCCUUCAAAUAAUAGGGUGCCUUGGAGAGGAGACUCAGCACUCGAUGAUGGCAAACUCGCUAAUGUGGACCUUGCUGGGGGAUACUAUGAUGCAGGGGACAACGUGAAAUAUGGGCUCCCCAUGGCUUUCACCGUUACUACGCUAGCAUGGGGAGCCAUUUUUUACAAGUCAGAAUUUAAAGCUGCAAAUGAGUUAGAUAAUAUUCAAGAUGCCAUUCGUUGGGGUACCGAUUAUUUUCUCAAAGCUAGUUCUCGACACAAAAGAUUAUAUGUGGAGGUUGGGGACCCGGAAGAUGAUCACCAUUGUUGGGCUCCACCAGAAAAUAUGAAGACAAAGAGAAGUGUUAAGAUGAUUACUAGUGACACUCCCGGGACUGAGAUCGCGGCUGAAACUGCAGCAGCAAUGGCUGCUUCUUCCAUUGUUUUUAGGCCCAAAGAUCGUAAAUAUGCUCGUCGUCUUCUCAACAGAGCUAAAUUGCUUUUCCAAAUGGCCAAAUCGCAUAAAGGAACUUUUGAUGGAGAGUGUCCCUUCUACUGCUCUUAUUCCGGCUAUAAUGACGAGAUGAUGUGGGCAGCAACAUGGCUAUACAUGGCAACCAGGAAGUCUGUGUAUAUGAAGUACAUAACAGAAGAAUGCAUGAGUGCAAGUGUAGCAGAAUUUAGUUGGGACCUUAAAUAUGCUGGAGCUCAAAUCCUUCUCAGCCAGUUACAUUUCGAAGGUCAAAAGAAUUUGGAAACAUUCAAAAGCCAUGCCGAAAGUUUCAUAUGCUCUGUCCUACCUGACAGUCCCUACCACCAGAUUAAACUGUCCCCUGGUGGCUUUAUUCAUUUGAGAGAUGGAGCCAACACACAGUAUGCCACGGGCACAGCUUUCUUGUUCACUGUAUAUAGUGAUUUGCUUGACAAACAUAAUCAGAAAGUCACAUGUGGAGACAAACAUUUUAGCUCCUCCCAUCUCCUUGCUUUUGCUAAGAAACAAAUGGAUUACAUACUAGGGAAAAACCCUGAAAGAAGAUCUUACAUGGUUGGAUUUGGAAAGAACCCACCAACGCAGGCUCACCAUAGAGGUGCUUCGGUGCCAAAACUGAAAAAGGAUGAAGAGGUGGUUUGCGCCACGAGCUUCUCCAAAUGGUUUCAAAAAGAUGCACCUAACCCCCAUGAACUCACUGGUGCCAUCUUGGGUGGACCUGACUUCAACGACAAGUUCAACGAUAAACGUUGGGACUCGCCUAAGACUGAACCAUGCACUUACAUCAAUUCCCUAGCUGCUGGAGCUCUUGCCAAGCUUGCAUCUUUGAGUUGAUUUUUAUGUUUCAAAAUUUGUAUAUAGAUUGUGACCCAUGGAUUAGACUUACAACUGAUUUUUGUAAGUCUCUUACUUUUUGGUGUACAAUGAUCAUAUUAUGAUUUAAAUUUAGGACCUCCUACAUAUUAUUCUAAACCU